AUGCACGUCUCAACCCUAAGUCUCCUCUCUCUCUCCGCCCUCUCCCCCCUUGUCAACGCUGUGGGCAACGCCAUCGUCCUCAACGAAUUGACAGCCCCCGUCUACCUCUGGUCCGUCGGCAGCUCCGUGGGACCAGCACAAAUCGUUCCCCCCGGCGAAGCCUACAGUGAACCCUUCCGUGUGGACCCCUCAUCCGGCGGCAUCGCCAUCAAGAUCACCGCGACCGAGAAUGGGUUGUACGAUGGCAGCCCGCAGACCAUCUUCUCAUACAGUCUGGUCAAUGACCGUGUCUUCUAUGACCUGAGCGAUGUCUAUGGGGAUGCCUUCUCUGGGGACUAUGUUGCCCUAGCCCCGUCGGACCCUAGUUGUCCGCUUAUUGUGUGGCAGAAUGGGGUCCCUGGUGGUGGGAGCAAUGUCAAGGAUUGCCAGUCUGAGGCUAAUGUUACUUUGAACUUGGGUUAA